CACAAUAAAAACAAGCAAAGCAAGCAAAUCCGGAUUUGGAGCCCAGGAAUGUCCGGAUUCCGGAUCAAACUUUUCUCAUGCACUAAUCCAAAGAGAAAGCAAACCAAAAGGACAACAAUAAACAACACUGUCCGAAUCCGGACAAAGCUCUUUUCAGCUCUCAUGAUGCAUUGUUUUUGUUUUUAUUACACUAUAUAUAUAUAUAUAUAUAAACGACUCUGAAUUCUGGAAGAUUGGAGAGUGGAGUGGGUCAGAUUGAGUGGCCAUUGUUAGUUUUUCCUUUGAUGUGAUGCAUUUAGACAGUCUUUUGAGCUUUAAUUAAUUAAUUCAUUUCAAAAAUCAAAACUCUCGCAUUCCCAUAGCCAACAAAAAGAGUGCUUAGGCGGAGAUUUUUUUAUAUUUUACAGAUUCAGUGUAACUACGAUGUUGCUUAACUUUAAGACUUCUUCAAUUGGAUUACUUGGUUAAUUUGCAUUAUGGCCGCUUUUCCUCUUUAGCUGCAAUUACAGACCCCUUUUCUUGAAAGAACAUAACCUUUCGAUUGGUUUCAUGUCAACUGAGAAAUUGUUUUCUUUAGAAAUUAAAAACACAGCUCAAGCUCAACCAAUUCAACAUGUCUGUAAAGCUGCUAUGGCUUGUACCUUCCCGAUCAGACCUCUCCAAUAUUUUGGGGUUCAUUCAUUCAUCCCGAGAUGGAAACCGGUCCUUAGGUUCCUCCAAAUUUUUAUUCCUAGAUAGGAAUUUGUUGUUCAAGUACAGUGCAAAUAAGGGUAAGAAACAGAAAUGGAACUCGUAUUCUUUAAGGACGGAUCUGAGGUAUCCAUGCAUAGGUAGUUCUGGUUCAGAAAGCUUAAGCUCAAGCUCGGUUCCUCUAGUAUCAAGCAUGGUGGCAACUAGCUCAGCAGGAGAAAUGACUGUCUCCUCAGAGGAGAAGGUUUACAAUGUUGUACUGAAGCAGGCAGCUUUGGUUAAGAGGCAGUUGAGACCUAGUGGGGAUCUUGAUGUGAAACCAGAUAUUGUUGUCCCUGGUACUUUGAGCUUGUUGACUGAAGCUUAUGACCGUUGUGGAGAAGUUUGUGCCGAGUAUGCAAAGACUUUCUAUUUGGGAACUUUGCUGAUGACCCCCGAAAGGCGGAGGGCUAUUUGGGCAAUCUAUGUGUGGUGUAGGAGGACAGAUGAGCUUGUUGAUGGGCCAAAUGCGUCGUAUAUAACUGCAACAGCUUUAGAUAGGUGGGAAGCGAGGUUGGAGGAUCUAUUCAGAGGUCAUCCAUUUGAUAUGCUUGAUGCUUCUUUAUCAGAUACGGUUGCUAAAUUUCCCAUUGACAUUCAGCCUUUCAAAGACAUGAUCGAAGGAAUGAGGAUGGACCUUAGGAAGUCAAGAUACAAAAAUUUUGAUGAACUAUAUCUCUAUUGUUAUUAUGUUGCUGGCACUGUUGGGUUGAUGAGUGUUCCUGUUAUGGGCAUUGCACCUGAAUCUCUAGCUACUACAGAGAGUGUCUAUAAUGCUGCACUGGCUUUAGGGAUUGCGAAUCAGCUUACUAACAUACUUAGGGAUGUUGGAGAGGAUGCACAAAGGGGAAGGAUUUAUCUACUGCAGGAUGAAUUAGCACAGGCUGGACUUUCAGAUGAGGACAUUUUUGCUGGAAAGGUUACAGAUAAGUGGAGAAACUUCAUGAAGAAGCAAAUAAAGAGGGCAAGGAUGUUCUUUGAUGAAGCAGAAAAAGGAGUGGCAGAGCUGAGUGCAUCUAGUAGAUGGCCGGUUUGGGCAUCAUUGCUGUUGUAUCGCCAAAUACUAGAUGAGAUAGAGGCCAAUGAUUAUAACAACUUCACAAAGAGAGCUUAUGUGAGCAAAGCAAAGAAAUUAGUUGCCCUGCCAGUUGCAUAUGCAAAAUCCCUCAUUGGCCCGUCAAGAACUUCCUCUUUUCUGGGUAAGGCAUAAUCUAACUAGCAAAAUAUAAAACAAUAAAAGCAUAUAAAUAGUCAAAAAGAAAAGGAAAGAGAAAGAAGAGAAAACCAUGUUGGUAAUAUUGGAAAUUGCCAUGAUGCAGCAAUUAUUAAUCAAAAGGAGAGCAGUGACUGUGAAUUACAUUGUAAAUUCAUUUCUCUCAACGAUGUAAUUUUGCACUUCCUAUGUAAGAGAGCCUAUUUGUUGGUUCAGCACCGUGUGUUGCAGAUUCUUCGCCUUGUUACCAGGAUUAAAUUUGGAUAUUUAUAUGGUAAUGCCAUGAGCUUGGGCCUGAUGUUUAA